GCGACAUGGCCGACACAGAAGCAGACCUGUUGCGCCAUUUCCCGCUGCUGCUUCCUCAGAACCGGGAGAAAACUGUGUAUGAGGGAUUCAUUUCAGCUCAGGUAGGCUGUGUUGCUGAACACAGACUUGCCAAUUCUACGUGGUCUCGUCAGCCAUCUUGUCCCUGAACACGGACUUGCCAAUUCUACGCGGUCUCGUCAGCCAUCUUGUCCCUGAACACGGACUUGCCAAUUCUACGUGGUCUCGUCAGCCAUCUUGUCCCUGAACACGGACUUGCCAAUUCUACGUGGUCUCGUCAGCCAUCUUGUCCCUGAACAUGGACUUGCCAAUUCUACGUGGUCUCGUCAGCCAUCUUGUCCCUGAGAUGCUUUGUCUUUGCCUGCCCAGAAUGAAGCUUUUAUUUAGGGUCUCUGAUCCCACCUUCAGUCCUUAGGUUUGCAGGGCGAGUGCUUUGUCUACGGAGUUAUCUCCCCAGCCCCUGUUGGCCUUGCAGUUAAUGCCCUUUGGGUCUGUGAUGAUGCUUCUUGUACUGGUCACCUCUUGCUACUUCACUUUUGUAAGCCUUAAAACAACAAAGUAAUUACCUGUUUCCCCAAGUCAGGAAUUUGAAAGCGUCUGAGUUGGGGAGCGACUUCCACCUCAGAAUAGUGCUGCCUAAAGACCUGCAGCUCAGGAAGGCAAGAUUACUGUGUAGUUGGCAGCUGAAAAGUAUACUUAAUGAAUACCAUCAAGUAGUCCAACAGGUCUUCCAGAGAAGGAAUGGAGAGAAUGAAGCACUCCCCUGAUCUAAUGAGCUUCAUGAUGGAGUUGAAGAUGAUUUUGGAAGUUGCUUUAAAGAAUAAACAAGAGUUGUGUGUACAACCACCUUCUUGCAGUUUCUGCAAAGACCUUCUUACUGAGAUAGGAGCCAUUGGUUGGGAUAAACUCACAUGUGUGGAUAGUUCCUUCAGCACCAUCAAGUUAAAAGCAGACGAUGCCUCUGGUAGAAAGCACCUAAUCACUAUCAAGUUGAAGGCGAAGUAUCCUGUAGAGCCACCAGAUUGUGUUGUGGACUUUCCUGUCCCGUUUUCUGUUUCCUGGACACCACAGAGCUCCUUGGUAAAUGUUUAUAGUCAGUUCUUGGAGGCUUUAGAGACGCUGAAGGUGUUCUGGGAUGUUAUGGAUGAAAUUGAUGAGAAGACCUGGGUGCUGGAACCAGAGAAACCUCCCCGGAGUGCAACAGCACGCAGGAUUGCAUUAGGGAAUAAUGUUUCCAUAACCAUCGAGGUAGACCCCAGGCACCCUACCAUGCUUCCUGAGUUUUGCUUUCUUGGAGCUGACCAUGCGACAAAACCCCUAGGAAUCAAGCUGAGUGGUAACAUUCAUUUAUGGGAUCCAGAAAACAGCCUGUUACAAAAUUUGAAAGAUGUUUUAGAAAUUGAUUUUCCAGCUCGAACUAUCUUGGAAGAAUCUGACUUUAGUAUGGACUGUGGAAUCUGUUAUGCCCGUAACCUGAAUGGUGCCAUUCCUGAUCAAGUGUGUAAUAAUCCCCAGUGUGGACAGCCUUUCCAUCAAAUAUGCUUGUAUGAGUGGCUGAGAGGGUUGAGCACCAGCAGACAGAGUUUUAACGUCUUCUUUGGUGACUGUCCCUAUUGUAGUAAGCCAAUUACCUUGAAAAUGUCUGGGAGAAAACCCUGAAUGGAACUCACCUGUGAAGAGAUGGAAUGCUUAAAAAUUGUUUAAAAAUAAAAGCAAAAGCAAAAACCAAUUUAUUUGAUGACUUCAGAGAAAAUACAAAGCUAGAAAUACUAAUGUCAGCAGACAAAAUAUAGUAAGUCCAUAG